CAACAAGAAAGAUCUACUCAGAGAAUUGCAAGAAAUUUGCUUGGAAGAAGUGUCUCUGAAAAGUAUUUUAGAAGUAGGAUCAAGCGGGAGGGGAAAACGUUGUUUUUUCAAAUUUGUAAUAGACACUGGGCUAUAUAGCCGGAUAUAGUGCUAAUAUAGUAGAUUGCAGCAAUGCAACUUAUUGGAUGCCGGCUGCCGUAAAAUCCCAGAGAAGAAGAAGAAGAUGAAGAAGUACACCAACAAGAAGAAGAAGAAGAAGACGAAGACGACGACGACCGGAAGUAGAUAUAUUGUAUUGUGGAUAAGUUGUAACGUUGUUCAUUUGACAAUAUUAACGUUAUUAUUUAGGUUAUUUCAGGAAAAAUGGGUCAGUAUUGCUGCAUUGUGAACUGCUACAAUAGGUCUCACGAUCGACAGGGCAAACGCCUGAUAAAUGGUAUUAGUUUUCACCAUUUUCCUACUUGGAAAAAGACGCAAGGAGACCUGGUGUCCGACCUCACAAAGAGGCGUCGCAUGGCUUGGGUCGCCGCUGCACGGAGGAAAACCAUCACCUUCGACAACAUUUCCAAAGACAUGCUUGUUUGCUCACGGCACUUUCACAAAGGCAAGCCAGCAUAUGAAAUGUUUCAGUGCGACCCUGACUGGGCGCCGUCGCUACACCUUGGUCCCACAGGCGUCGGUGGCAAUUCUGCCGGAUGUAAGCGGAGGAUUCAACGGCAGCAAGCUGCAGUUGUGUCACCCUUUGCCACACCUUCUGCCGCCACAUCUGAUGAUGCUUGCUGUGUCGCACCUGUUGACUCAUCCGAUGACCCACCUGUUGACACACCCAUGGCCGAUGACACACCCUCUGACUCUGCAGCUUUACCUUCAGAUGUCCAGAUGGUGAUUGUUGGUGAAGAACAUCAGCACGAGUGGAGCUCCAGUCUGGACCAGGAGCACGCAAAUCCCCCACACAUUAAAGAGGAACAGGAGGAACUCUGGACCAGUCUAGUGCGAGAGCGGUUUCAAGGGCUGGAGGUGUUCCCAUACAGUCCCGUUCCUGUGAGGAGUGAAGAUGAUGAAGGGAAACCUCAGUUCUCACAGCUUCAUCAAAGACAAACUGAACAGAUGAAAACUGAAGCUGACAGAGAGUACUGUGGAAGACCAGAACCAGCCAGGACCUCAGAUCCAGAUUCACAAUCACAACCAGAUACUGAUGACGGGACUGGAGACUCUUCUGAACCUGAGACGGAUGACAGUGCUGAUUGGAACGAGACCAGAGAACCUCAGUCAGGUUUAAACUCUCUGAAUAAUGAUGAAGUCCUUGUCAGUGAUCUGAGACGUAGUACCGGUGAGCAACGGUGUGGGAAAAGAUCUGGCACCAGUAGACUUCUGAAGCGACACGGGAGAUCUCAUACAGGAAAGCGACCAUUUAGCUGCUCAGUCUGUGAGAAAGAUUUUAAACAGAGGGGACAUUUACAGGACCACAUGAGAAUCCACACCGGAGAAAAACCAUUUGGCUGCUCAGUCUGUAAGAAAGCUUUUACCGUGAAUGGAAAUUUACAUAGACACAUGAGAAUCCACACAGAAAAGAAAGCUUUAUUGGAGAGUGUAUAUCCACAGAAUCACAUGAUGACCCACAUAGGAGAUAACACUUUCAGCUGCAGUAUCUGUGACAGAAUGUUCAACAGGCCUCGUCAGCUCAGAAAACACAAAUGUGUUGGUCAGAUGGAAACAGAAGCCGACGGAGAGGACUGUGAAGGACCAGAACCAGCCAGGAACACGCAUCCAGAUUCACAAUCGCAACCAGAUACUGAUGACGGGACUGGAGACUCUUCUGAACCUGAGACGGAUGACAGUGCUGAUUGGAACGAGACCAGAGAACCUCAGUCAGGUUUAAACUCUCUGAAUAAUGAUGAAGUCCUUGUCAGUGAUCUGAGAUGUAGUACCGGUGAGCGACGGUGUGGGAAAAGAUCUGGCACCAGUAGACUUCUGAAGCGACACGUGAGAUCUCCUACAGGAAAGCGACCAUUUAGCUGCUCAGUCUGUGAGAAAGAUUUUAUACAGAGGGGACAUUUACAGGACCACAUGAGAACCCACACAGGAGAAAAACCAUUUGGCUGCUCAGUCUGUAAGAAAGCUUUUACUGUGAAUGGAAAUUUACAUAGGCACAUGAGAAUGCACACAGAAAAGAAAGCUUUAUUGGAGAGUUGACCUCCACAGAAACACAUGAGGACCCACAUAGGAGAGAACCCUUCCAGCUGCAGUAUCUGUGACCGAAUCUUCAACAGGCCUCGUCGGCUCAGAAAACGUUAAAAUGUGUUGGUCACAUGGAAACAGAAGCCGACGGAGAGGACUGUGGAGGACCAGAACCAGCCAGGAACACAUAUCCAGAUGUACAUUUACAACCAGAUACUGAUGACGAGACUUGACACUGUUCUGAACUUGAAACUGAUGACAGCAAUGCUUGGGAAAAACUGAAAAUGCAUGAA